AUGAAGUCGCUCGAGCGUGCCAUUGAGUUCGGCGCACCCGUGCUCUUGGAGAACGUGGGCGAGGAACUCGACCCAUCACUCGAGCCGAUCCUAGCCAAGAACAUCAUCGACGCCGGUGGAGGCAGUCUCUCCAUCAAAGUGGGCGACAAUGUUCUGGACUACAAUCCUCAGUUCAUGUUCUACAUCACCACGAAGCUGUCGAAUCCACACUACACGCCCGAAGUCUCCACGAAGACGACUAUCGUGAAUUUCAUCGUGGUCCUGGAUGGCCUUACCAACCAGCUUCUGGGCGUGAUUGUUCGAAGCGAAGACUCGCGCUUGGAG